AAGUACCACUUGGUUCCCCCCAGUAACUUAGCAACACGUGAUCAGCGUCAAAUGAAUUACGCCGUCUCAAUGAACAAGAAAAUUACCAGUUUUGUACGAUGCGGGGAUUUGGAUUCAGCCCUUAAAUUAUUUUAUAAGAUGGCUUUUAGGACUACCAUCACAUGGAACUCAAUCUUGGCUGGAUUUUCAAGAAAACCCGGAAAAUUGAUGGAAGCCCAGCAAUUGUUUGAAAAAAUUCCUGAACCAGAUACUGUCUCGUAUAAUAUAAUGUUGGCUUGUUAUUUACAAAAUGGUGAAUUGGAGGCAGCUAGGAAUUUGUUUUCUCAUAUUCCUUGUAAAGAUGUUGCAACUUGGAAUACGAUGAUAGCAGGCUUUUCGCGAAAUGGGAUGAUGAGUGAAGCUAAGAAUUUGUUUUUGGCCAUGCCUCGGAAGAAUAAUGUGACUUGGAACGCUAUGAUUGCGGGAUAUGUUGAGUCAGGGAAUGUUGAAUUAGCUUUGGAGAUGUUCCAGGCUAACCCUGCGAAAGAUGUGAUUGCAUACACAGCGAUUGUAACAGGGUUCAUGAGGUCUGGGAAGGUUGCUUUUGCAGAGAAGAUGUUUCUAGAGAUGCCAGUGAAGAAUUUAGUGACUUGGAAUGCUAUGAUUUCUGGAUAUGUUGAAAAUGGUAGAGGGGAAGACGGAUUGAAGUUGUUUAGGACAAUGCUGGAAUUGGGAAAGGUUAACGAAUCAACCUUGAGUAGUAUUUUGUUGGGAUGUAGUAACUUGUCCUUUUUGAAGUUGGGGAAGCAAGUUCAUCAGCGUGUUUUUAAGUCUCCUUUGUAUUUGGAUAUUACAGUGGGAACUUCACUGAUUAGCAUGUAUUGCAAGUGUGGUGAUUUAGAGGAUGCAUGGAAGUUGUUUCUUGAGAUGCCACGGAAAGAUGUUGUGACUUGGAAUGCAAUGAUUUCAGGCUAUGCUCAACAUGGGGCGGGAGAAAAGGCUCUUAGUUUGUUUUCAAGGAUGAGAAAUAAAGGAGGAAUGAGACCAGAUUGGAUAACCUUUGUUGGAGUUCUAACAGCUUGUAAUCAUGCAGGUUUAGUUGAUCUUGGGAUUCAGUAUUUUGAGUUGAUGCAGAAGGAUUAUGGAGUUAAACCUCAACCAGAUCACUACACUUGUAUGGUUGACCUCCUUAGUCGAGCUGGAAAGCUUGCUGAAGCCAUGGAUUUAAUAAAGAGAAUGUCUUGUAGACCUCAUAUGGCUGUAUUUGGAACCCUUUUAGGUGCUUGUAGGAUCUACAAGAACUUGGAGGUGGCUGAGUUUGCUGGGAAAAACUUGCUUAGUCUUGAUCCUACUAAUGCAGCUGCUUAUGUUCAACUUGCAAACCUAUAUGCUGCUAAUAAUAGAUGGGAGAAUGUUUCUAUAGUUAGAAGACUGAUGAAGGAAAAUAAAGUAGUAAUAAAAACGCCAGGAUAUAGUUGGAUGGAAAUAAAAAAUGUGGUUCAUGAGUUUAGAUCUGGAGAUAGGCUUCACCCAGAAUUGGAUAGCAUACAUGAGAAACUGAAUGAGCUAGAGAAGAAAAUGAAGUUGGCAGGUUAUGUUCCUAAUCUCGAGUCUGAUUUGCAUGAUGUGGAAAAGCAGCAGAAAGAGCAGAUACUUUUGUUGCACAGUGAAAAACUGGCUAUCGCAUAUGGGCUAAUAAGUUUGCCACCCGGUGAACCAAUCCGGAUAUUCAAGAACCUGAGAGUAUGCGAUGAUUGCCACCAAGCAACUAAAUUCAUAUCUGCAAUAGAACCAAGGGAGAUCAUUGUGAGAGAUACUACAAGGUUUCACCAUUUUAAAGAUGGAAUGUGCUCUUGUCGUGAUUACUGGUAGAAUCUUCUACGGAAGCUACAAAAGGAGACCCUAAUCCCGAAGCGAAUCAUUGGCAAGUCGAACUUCUUGAAAGAAUGAACCAUGUAGAACAUUCCUAUUCAGUAAUGGGCCCAGCAGGUAGAAAGAUUUGGCAGCAACAUGCACGAGAUGACUUGGUGAGGAAUUUGUAAGAACCAUUUCUUUGGAAAGCACGACCUGAUCAAUGGCUGCACUGCGUUCAAGUGAUCGUGAGGCCGCUGGGUGCUCUCGCUAGAAACGAUGCACGGGUUUCAAGUGGCCUUUAUUUCGGAAUCUUCCAUGUUGUGUGGAUGGAGGAUCUGCUGUUGUCAUUGGAUUGUAAUGCAUUUACAAGCCCAUCCUUGCAUCAACAUUAAGAUGUCUUCCUUUCACAUUUCAGUAUUGACCCGAUAACUAACUCCUUGUGGCUCGAUGUAUCCAUGUCAGUUGCACUAA